AUGCCUUCGCAUCAGCCAACUGCCGGCAUGAUGGCUGUGGACCCGGAAUUCCUCUCCUCGCAGCCAUCGCCGGCCUCCAAGCCUGCACCUCAAGAGCCGGUCAGGAACAAGAAAUAUGACCCCAAGAAGCCACACAUCACCGAGACACCACUCACACGAAAAAACUGGUACAAGCAUGUGAAUUGGCUGAACGUGGUGCUCAUCGUUGGCAUCCCAAUAGCCGGAUGCAUUGCUGCAAUCUGGACACCACUUCGUCUUCCUACCGCCAUCUGGGCAGUUGCAUAUUACUUCGCCACUGGCCUCGGUAUCACAGCUGGCUACCAUAGGCUAUGGGCACACACAUCAUACUCUGCGACCGUCCCAUUGAAGAUCUUCUUGGCUGCUGUUGGUGGCGGCGCCGUCGAGGGCUCCAUCAGGUGGUGGGCUCGUGAUCAUCGUGCUCAUCACCGCUACACCGACACCGAGAAGGAUCCCUACAGUGUUCGCAAGGGUCUGAUAUACUCGCACUUCGGCUGGAUGUUGAUGAAGCAGAACCCAAAGCGUAUCGGCCGCACCGACAUCUCCGACCUCAACGACGAUAAGGUUGUUCAGCUCCAGCACAAGCACUACCUGAAGGUCGUCCUCUUCAUGGGCUUAAUCUUCCCAUGCCUUGUGUCUGGUCUCCUCUGGAAUGACUGGCUCGGUGGCUUCAUCUACGCCGGUAUCCUCCGCAUCUUCUUCGUGCAGCAGGCCACCUUUUGCGUUAAUUCUUUGGCUCACUGGCUCGGCGACCAGCCAUUCGACGACCGCAACAGCCCUCGCGACCACAUCAUCACCGCCCUAGUCACCCUCGGCGAAGGCUACCACAACUUCCACCACGAGUUCCCAUCUGACUACCGCAACGCUAUCGAAUGGCACCAGUACGACCCGACCAAAUGGUCCAUCUGGGCCUGGAAGCAAAUGGGCCUCGCCUACGACCUGAAGCAGUUCCGCUCCAACGAGAUCGAGAAGGGCCGUGUGCAGCAACAACAGAAGAAGCUCGACCAGAAGCGCUCCAGGCUCGACUGGGGUGUGCCGCUCGACCAGCUUCCGGUCAUGGAGUGGGAUGACUACGUCGACCAAGUCAGCAACGGCCGUGGCCUCAUCGCCGUCGCUGGUGUCGUGCACGACGUCUCCGAUUUCAUCAACGACCACCCUGGUGGCAAAGCCAUGAUCAAGUCAGGUCUCGGCAAGGACGCCACCGCCAUGUUCAACGGCGGUGUCUACAACCACUCCAACGCCGCGCACAACUUGCUCUCAACCAUGCGAGUAGGCGUUAUCCGCGGCGGCAUGGAAGUCGAGAUCUGGAAGCGCAAUGCCGGUGAGAACAAGGAUGCCAUGAUCGUCAAGGAUGGGAAUGGUAGCCGUGUUGUUCGUGCUGGCGAGCAGGUGACUAAGGUCUACUCGCCGCCUGCCAGCGCUGGCGCGGCAUAG